UGUUUCAUUCUGGUCAUCCCAAUCUUCACAAGCUACUCUCAGGAGUUAUUACUACUCACUCGCACUUUUGCCCCAACUACUUCCUCCGAAGAAAAUGAACACCUUUAAACUGGUUCUUGCCGUAUGCUCCGUUGUGGCUGUUACAACAUGCUCUGGUCAAUACCUGCAGUCUGGCAGACCAAGCUGGGAGAUGCCAACUACACCCAAGCCCUGGGCUCCAAUUAAGACUGAAACGGAAACUAAAUAUCAGACACUUCCAGUCCCAGCCAACACCAACAUACCUGCCAGCGCGUUCCCCAAAGUUACUCAGCAGAUCUGCACUUGCACGGCCGUGUCUGAAUCUACCGCUGCUGGUAUGAUCGAAAAAUACCAGCAGCCAUCGUCCGGAGCAGCCACCGCCCAGCAGGCCGCUCCUGCCAAGCAAGAAUCAGCUGUUGCUCAGCAAUUCUACUCUGCCCAGCCAUCCGUUUAUUCUCCAGCUGCUUCUAGCCAACAACAUACCACACAAGCUCCUGCUCAUAAUGGGUAUUAUACUACCACGGCCGCCCCAGUUGAAUUGGUUACUCCUGCCCAGCAUGCCCGUCCGGCUUAUGCCUCCCCGGCUAAGGCCACUCGCUACUAAAAGAAAAUAGAUGAUCAGACUGUGCACUCCAUAAAAUUUGAAUGUGUUUGAAAAUAAAAAAAGGCGAUGAAAAUUUUGAAAAAAAAAAAAAAAAUGAAUAAACAGUU